AUGAGUCUCCCAGAGGAACAGAGGGAAAGACCAGAUUCACCUGUAUUCAGUUCUGUGUCUGUGAAGAGUGAUCGGUCAAAAGGUGAAGUACCGAACUUCAGUGAGGAAACACCAUCAAAAAGGGAAAGACCAGAUUCACCUGUAUUCAGUUCUGUGUCUGUGAAGAGUGAUCAGUCAAAAGGUGAAGUACCGAACUUCAGUGAGGAAACACCAUCAAAAAGUGGAAGACCAGAUUCACCUGUAUUCAGUUCUGUGUCUGUGAAGAGUGAUCAGUCAAAAGGUGAAGUACCGAACUUCAGUGAGGAAACACCAUCAAAAAGUGGAAGACCAGAUUCACCUGUAUCCAGUUCUGUGUCUCUGAAGAGUGAUCAGUCAAAAGGUGAAGUACCGAACUUCAGUGAGGAAACACCAUCAAAAAGGGAAAGAGCAGGUUCACAUGUAUCCAGCUAUGUGUCUGUGAAGAGUGAUCGUUCGAAAGGUGAAGUACCGAACUUCAGUGAGGAAACACCAUCAGCUACCAAAAGGGUUCAACAUGAUACGCAAGACUCAUAUUUAAAGAUUCACAGACGGCGCAAGGAUUUCAAAGAAAAUAUCCUUUGGAUCUUCCAGGAUCUCGAGAACAAAAUAAUCACAUUUCUGAAGAAUGAGCUGGAAAGGUUUAAGAAAAUAAUGAAAAAGGAAAACACCCAAUACUUUGUGACAGAUUUUAAGGAGGACCGAUACAAUAUCAAAGAAGCGGCUCUUGAUAUCACACUCUACUUCCUGAGAAGUAUGAAAGAAAAUGAACUUGCUGAUACUCUAGAAGAUGAGCUGGUCUUCAUUCAUCAACGACAACUAAAAUCAAACCUGAUAAAAAAGUAUCAAUGUGUGCUUGAAGGAAUUGCAAAGCAUGGUGACUCCACACUUCUAAACAAGAUCUACACAGAUCUCUAUAUCACUCAGGGUAGUAGUGAACAGGUCAAUACUGAACAUGAGGUAAGACAGAUGGAGAAAGCAUCCAGGCAAACUGAAUCACCAGAGAUACAGAUUAAGUGCACAAAUCUGUUUAAACAUCCUGGACAAGACAAGGAAAUAAGAACUGUACUAACAAAAGGAGUUGCUGGUAUCGGAAAAUCCGUCUCUGUGCAAAAGUUUGUUCUGGACUGGGCCGAAGGUAAAGAAAAUCAGGAUAUCAGCUUCAUAUUUCCUCUUCCUUUCCGAGAGAUGAACUUGAAGGAGAAUGAUAGACAAAGUUUGAUGGACCUUAUCAGUCAGUUUUUCCCAGAGACAAAAGGUCUGAACCUCGCAAGAAAUGAUAAAUUCAAAGUCCUUUUCGUCCUUGACGGAUUGGAUGAAUGUCGACUUCCUCUGAAGUUUGAGGGUAAUGAGACAUGGCGUGAUGUCACAUCUCCGGCCCCUCUGGAUGUUCUUCUAACCAAUCUCAUCAAGGGAAAUCUGCUUCCUUCUGCUCACAUCUGGAUAACCACCAGACCAGCAGCAGCCAGUAAGAUUCCUCCUGAGUUUACUAACCUGGUGGCAGAGGUACGAGGGUUCAGUGAUGAACAAAAGGAGGAGUACUUCAAGAAAAGAUUCACGGAUGAGAAUCUGGGCAACACAAUCAUUGAUCACAUUAAAACAUCAAAGAGCCUGUUUAUCAUGUGCCACAUCCCAGUCUUCUGCUGGAUUUCAGCCACUGUGCUCCAGAAUAUUUUAGAGAAGAAAAUAAAUAAUAAGAGCAAUCAGACUGAUGACACCCCCAAAACACUGCAGGAAUCUGGUGCUGAUGAUGGAACUCCUAAGACUCUGACACAAAUGUACACACACUUUUUCCGGUUUCAGAUCCAGCAGAGUAGUCGAAAAUAUGACGGAAAAUACUCCCCAGAUAUUUCCUGGAAUAAAGAGGCGAUCCUUUCUCUGGGAAAACUGGCAUUUCAGCAGCUUGAAAGAAACAACCUGAUUUUCUAUGGUUCAGACCUGGAGGCCUGUGGUAUUGACCUCUCCAAGGCAUCAGUGUACUCUGGGAUGUGUACUCAGAUCUUUAAGGAGGAAACAGGGAUUGUUCUUGGUACCAUGUACUGCUUUGUUCACAUGAGCAUUCAAGAGUUUAUUGCAUCUCUUUAUGCUCAUCUGUUUCUAGACACCGACAAGAAAAAUGCAUUUUCCCAAGACGGUACAGAACAAGAACACAAAAAUGAAACAAUGAUUGAUUUGCUCAAGACUGCAGUGGACAAGGCACUCGCGAGUGACAAUGGUCACCUGGACCUUUUCCUUCGCUUCCUUCUCGGUCUGUCUCUGGAGUCCAAUCGGUCUCUCUUACGAGGUCUGUUGACACAACAAGACAGCAAUGAGCAGAGCAAAAAGGAAAUAGUUGAGUACAUCAAGCAGAAAUUUGAAGAUAAUGCAUCUCCAGAGAGAUCCAUCAAUCUGUUCUACUGUCUGAAUGAACUGAAUGACCAAACUCUGGUGAAGGAGAUUCAAAAUCACCUCAGAGAAGGAAGUCUCUCAUCUGCUCACAUUUCACCUGCUCAGUGGUCAGCUCUGGCCUUUGUGCUUCUGACAUCAGAGGAGGAGCUGGAGGAGUUUGAUCUUCAGAAAUUCAAGAAAUCGGACGAGUGUCUCUGUAGAUUAGUGCAAGUUGUCAAAACUGCCAAAAGAGCUUUGCUAAAUGAUUGUGACCUAACAGACAAAAGUUGUUCAGCACUGUCUACAGUUCUCGGAUCAGAUACCAAUCUGAAAGAGCUGAACAUGCACAAUAAUAAUCUGCAGGAUUCAGGAGUGAAGCAGCUUUGUACUGGACUGGAGAGUAAAAAAUGUAAAUUGGAGAAACUGAGCCUCAGUAAGUGUGAGAUAACAGAGGAAAGCUGUUCAGCUCUAGCUACAGUUCUCAGUUCAGACUCCAGCAAUCUCAGAGAGCUUGACCUGAGCAAUAAUAAUCUGCAGGAUUCAGGAGUGAAGCUGCUUUCUGAUGGACUACAAAAUAACUGUACACUGGAGAUACUCAGAAUUUCGAACUGCAGUAUUACUGAAGAAGGAUAUAAAGCUCUGUCUUCAGCUGUGCUAUCAAACCUUUAUAAACACCUGAUAGAGCUGGAUCUCAGAGGAAAUGACCCUGGAGAAUCAGGAGUGAAACUGCUCACUGAUUUACUAAAGGAUACAAACUGUAAAUUGAAGCUGCUGAAAAAUGAAAAUGCAGAAAGAGAAUGUGAGUCACUGACUUCAGUUCUGGGUAUUAACCCCUUGUUCCUGUCAGAGCUAAAUGUCAACGGAAAAGAUCUUGAAGUAAAGCUUCUCCCUGGUAUAAUGGAGAAUCCCAUGUGUAACCUCAGGACAAGAAACUUUACAUCUGUAACUCACAGCACAGACUUCUUCCCUGAGGAAAAGCAGUACCAAAGCCAAAUUGAAGUUGGAGAUUCAGAAGUGAAGCAGCUCUCACUUGUAAUGGAUGAUUCUCAUAGCAAACUGAAGAAACUCAGGCUGGAAAAGUGUGAUCUAACAAAGGAAAGCUGUUCAGCUCUAGCUACAGUUCUCAGUUCAGACUCCAGCAGUCUCAGAGAGCUUGACCUGAGCAAUAAUAAACUGCAGGAUUCAGGAGUGAAGCUGCUCUCUGAUGGACUGCAAAGUAACUCUAAGCUGGAGACACUCAUAUUGUCAGAAUGCAGUAUUACUGAAGAAGGAUAUAAAUCUCUGUCUUCAGCUCUAAAAUCAAACCCUACACACCUGUUAGAACUGAAUCUCAGAGGAAAUGAUCCUGGAGAAUCAGGAGUGAAACUACUCACUGAUUUACUACUGGAUACAAAUUAUAAACUGAGACUGAGGUUUUUGAAAAAUGAGGCUGCUGAGAAAACCCUUGAGUAUUGGUCUACAGUUCUUGGUGAAAAUCCUUUACUCCGGAGAGAACUGAAUCUGAGUGAAUAUAAACUAGAAGACUCAAAAGUGAAUCAGCUCACUGCUCUACUGGAAGAUAAACACUGUAAACUCAACAAACUGAUCCUCAAUAACAGCUGUAUUACAGAAGAAGGUUGUGCUGCUCUUGCGAAAGCUUUGAUUUUAAACCCUUCAAACCUGAAAGAACUCGAUCUGAGUCUAAGUAAACUUGGAGACUCAGGAAUAAAGAAGAUCUGCACUCUGUUUGAGAAUAAAGAGUGUAGACUAAUGAAGCUGAAGUUUAAUUAUAUCUCUAUGACAGAAGAAGGAUGUGCUGCUCUGACUUCAUCUUUAAAUUUAAACCCUUCAUACAUCAGAGAGCUGGAACUGAGUGGAAAUAAACUAGGAGACUCGGGGGUAGAAAAGAUCUGCUCUCUACUGGAAAAUUCACAAUGCCAACUGGAGAAACUGAGACUUUCAGACUGCAAUAUUACUGAAGAAGGAUAUAUAGCUCUUUCUUCAGCUCUGAAUUCAAACCCUUCUCACCUGAUAGAGCUGAAUCUCAUAGGAAAUGACCCUGGAGAAUCAGGAGUGAAACUUCUCUAUGAUUUACUACAGGAUCCAAAAUGUAAACUGAACACACUGAAGCUGUGCAAUUGCAGUUUAACAGAGAAUGAUUUUGUAGCUUUGACUUCAGCCCUAAAUUCAAAUCCUUCACACCUAAAAAAGCUGGAUCUAUGUGAAAAUAAAUUAGGAGACUCAGGAGUCAAUCAUCUGUGUGCUCUGUUAAAGAAUUCCCAUUGCACACUGGAGAAACUGAAGCUCAGUAUGUGUAAGCUAACAGAGGAAAGCUGUUCAGCUCUUGCCACAGUCCUUAUUUCAGCCUCCAGCAGUUUGAUAGAGUUGGACAUGAGCAAAAAUGAUCUUAAAGAUUCUGGGAUGAAACAGCUCUGUACUGGACUGGAGAAUUCACAAAGUAAACUGGAGAUACUGAGGCUUUCAGACUGUAGCAUAAUGGAGGAAGGAUAUAAAGCUCUGUCUUCAGCUCUGAGAUCAAACCUUUUACACCUGAUAGAGCUGGAUCUAUGUAGAAAUGACCCUGGAGAAUCAGGAGUGGAACUGCUCUAUGAUUUAUUACAGGAUACAAACUGUAAACUGAAUACACUAAAGUUGUUAAGUCCUUCUGCAGAAGAAGCCUGUCAGUAUCUCUCUUCAGUUCUACAAGUAAAAUAUCCUUUACUCCUGAGGGAACUGAAUCUGAAUGGACAAAAACUAGAAGACUCAAAAGUGAAUCAGCUCGCUGCUCUACUAGAAGAUAAACACUGUAAAAUCAACAAACUUCUGCUGAGUGAUUGUGGCCUAUCAGAGAAAAUCUGUUCAUCUCUAGCUACAGUUAUUAGUUUGAAUUCCAGUCUGAAAGAGCUCGACAUAAGCAACAAUAAUCUGCUGGAUUCAGGAGUGAAGAAACUCCAGAAGGGAUUAGAAAAUACAAACUGCAAACUGGAGAAACUCAGGGUUCCAGACUGUGGCAUUACUGAAGAAGGAUAUAAAGCUCUGUCUUUAGCUCUGAGAUCAAAUCCUUCACACUUGCUAGAGCUAGAUCUCAGAGGAAAUUACCCUGGAGAAUCAGGAGUGAAAUUACUCUGGGAUUUACUACAGGAUAAAAACUACAAACUGAACACACUGAAAUUUUUGAAAAGUUCUGCUGCAGAAGAAGCGUGCAAGUAUCUCUCUGACGUUGUAGGUGAAAAUCCAUUAUUGCUGAAAGAACUGAAUCUGAGCAAUAAUAAAUUAGGAGAUCUGGAUGGAGAGAAGCUCUCAGCACUAUUGAUGGACUCUCAUAGCAAACUGGAGAAAAUUAAGUUGAAUAAUUGUGACCUGACUGAGAAAAGUUGUUCAGCUCUAUCUACUGUUCUCUCUUCUGAUACCGUUCUGAGAGAAAUUGAUCUGAACAACAGUCCUCUGAUGGACUCAGGUGUGAAACAGAUUUGUGAGGGACUGAAGAAUCCUCAUUGUAAACUGAACAGACUGAAACUUUCAGACUGCAGUAUUACAGGGGAAGGAUACAGUGCUCUGGCUUCAGCUCUGAUAUCAAACCCUUCACACCUGAUAGAGCUGGAUCUCAGAGGAAACGACCCUGGAGAAUCAGGAGUGAAACUGCUCUAUGAUUUAUUACAGGAUACAAACUAUAAACUGAACACACUAAAAUUAUUACAAAGUUCUUCUGCAGAACAAGCCUGUCAGUAUCUUACUGAAGUUUUAAAAGUUAAAAAUCCUCUACUCCUGAGAGAACUUAAACUUAGUGGACAUAAACUAGAAGACUCAAGAGUGAAUCAACUCGCUGCUCUACUGGAAGAUAAACACUGUAAACUCAACAAACUUCUGCUGAGUGAUUGUGGUCUAUCAGAGAAAAGCUGUUCAUCUCUAGCUACAGUUAUUACUUCAAAUUCCAGUCUGAAAGAGCUCGACAUAAGCAACAAUAAUCUGCUGGAUUCAGGAGUGAAGAAGCUACAGAAGGGAUUAGAAAAUGCAAACUGCAAACUGGAGAAACUCAGACUUUCAGACUGCAGUAUUACAGGGGAAGGAUACAGUGCUCUGGCUUCAGCUCUGAUAUCAAACCCUUCACACCUAAUAGAGCUGGAUCUCAGAGGAAACGACCCUGGAGAAUCAGGAGUGAAACUGCUCUAUGAUUUAUUACAGGAUACAAACUUUAAACUGAACACACUAAAAUUAUUACAAAGUUCUUCUGCAGAAGAGGCCUGUCAGUAUCUAACUAAAGUUUUAAAAGUUAAAAAUCCUCUACUCCUGAGAGAACUUAAACUUAGUGGACAUAAACUAGAAGACUCAAGAGUGAAUCAACUCACUGCUCUACUGGAAGAUAAACACUGUAAACUCAACAAACUUCUGCUGAGUGAUUGUGGUCUAUCAGAGAAAAGCUGUUCAUCUCUAGCUACAGUUAUUACUUCAAAUUCCAGUCUGAAAGAGCUCGACAUAAGCAACAAUAAUCUGCUGGAUUCAGGAGUGAAGAAGCUCCAGAAGGGAUUAGAAAAUACAAGCUGCAAACUGGAGAAACUAAGGGUUUCAUACUGUGGCAUUACUGAAGGAGGAUAUAAAGCUCUGUCUUUAGCUCUGAGAUCAAAUCCUUCACACUUGCUAGAGCUAGAUCUCAGAGGAAAUUACCCUGGAGAAUCAGGAGUGAAACUGCUCUGGGAUUUACUGCAGGAUAAAAACUACAAACUGAACACAUUGAAAUUUUUGAAAAGUUCUGCUGCAGAAGAAGCGUGCAAGUAUCUUUCAGAAGUUGUAGGUGAAAAUCCAUUAUUGCUGAAAGAACUGGAUCUGAGCAAUAAUAAAUUAGGAGAUCUGGAUGGAGAGAAGCUCUCAGCUCUAUUGAUUGACUCUCAUAGCAAACUGGUGAAAAUUAAGUUGAAUAAUUGUAAUCUGACAGAGAAAAGUUGUUCAGCUCUAGCUACUGUUCUCUCUUCUGAUACCGUUCUGAAAGAAAUUGAUCUGAACAACAGCUCUCUGAUGGACUCAGGAGUGAAACAGAUCUGUGAGGGACUGAAGAAUCCUCAAUGUAAACUGAACAGACUGAAACUUUCAAACUGCAGCAUCUCUGAAGAAGGAUAUAAAGCUCUGUCUUCAGCUCUGAAAUCAAACCCUUUACACCUGAUAGAGCUGGAUCUCAGAGGAAAUGAUCCUGGAAAAUCAGGAGUGAAACUGUUCUAUGAUUUACAAAAGAAUCCAAACUGUAAACUGAAACUGAGGUUUUUGAAGAGUUCUGCUUCAGAAGAAGCGUGCAAGUAUCUCUCAAAAGUUGUAGGUGUAAAUCCAUUACUGCUGAAAGAACUGGAUCUGAGCCAUAAUAAAUUAGGAGAUCUGGAUGAAGAGAAGUUCUCAGCUCUAUUGAUGGACUCUCAUAGUAAACUAGAAAAAGUGAAGUUGAAUAAUUGUGACCUGACAGAGAAAAGCUGUUCAACUCUAGUUACUAUUCUCUCCUCUGAUACCACUCUGAAAGAGAUUGAUCUGAACAACAGCUCUCUGAUGGACGCAGGAGUGAAACAGAUCAGUGAGGGACUGAAGAAUCCUCUGUGUAAACUGAACAUUCUCAAACUUAGUAAGUGUGAGCUAACAGAGGAAAGUUGUUCAGCUCUAGCUGCAGUUCUCUGUUCAGACUCCAGCAGUCUCAGAGAGCUUGAACUGAGCAAUAAUAAUCUGCAGGAUUCAGGAGUGAAGCUGUUCUCAGAUGGACUGAAAUGUAACUGUAAACUGGAGACACUCAGAUUUUCAAACUGCAGUAUUACUGAAGAAGGUUAUAAAACUUUGACUUCAGCUCUGAAAUCAAACCUUUCACACCUGAAAGAGCUGGAUGUCAGUGGAAAUGACCCUGGACAAUCAGGAGUGGAGCUACUCUGUAAUAUACAAGAGGAUCGAUACCGUAAACUGGAAACAUUGAGGUUUUUAAAAAGUACAACUGCAGAAGAGGCCUAUAGGUAUUUUACUAAAGAUAUUGGUAAAAAUCCUUUACUCCUGAAAGAGCUGAAUCUGAGUGGACAUAAACUAGGAGACUCAAGAGUGAAACAGCUCGCUGCUCUACUGGAAGAUAAACACUGUAAACUCAACAAACUUCUACUGAAUAAUAACUGUAUUACAGAAGAAUGUUGUGGUGCUCUAGUUUCUGCUUUUAAUUCAAAUCCUUCAAACCUGAAAGAGCUGGAUCUGAGUGGGAAUAUAAUAAGAAACUCAGGAAUGAACUUGAUCUGCGAUCUGUUGGGAAAUCCACGAUUUAGACUGGAGAAACUGAAAAUGUCAGAGUGCAGUAUUACUGAAGAAGGAUAUAAAUCUCUGGCUUCAGCUCUGAAAUCAAACCCUACACACCUGAUUGAGCUGGAUCUCAGAGGAAAUGACCCUGGAGGAUCAGGAGUGAAACUACUCUAUGAGUUACUACAGGAUAAAUGCUGUAAAUUGAGGUCCAUCAGUUUUUUGAAGAGUUCUGCUGCAGAGGAAGCAUGUGAGCAUCUCAAGAAAGUUCUUAAUAAAAAUCCUUUACUGCUGAAAGAACUGAAUCUGAGUCAUAAUAAAAUAAAAGGCUUUGAUGAGCUGAAGUUAUCUGAUCUGCUGAAGGACUCUCAUAGCAAACUGGAGAAAAUUAUGUUGAGUUAUUGUGACUUAACAGAGAAAAGUUGUUCAGCUCUAGCUAGUGUUCUCUCCUCUGAUACCACUCUGAAAGGGAUUGAUCUGAACAACAGUCCUCUGAAGGACUCAGGAGUGAAACGUCUCUGUGAGGGACUGAUGAAGUCUCAGUGUAAACUGAACAGACUCAACCUUUCAAACUGCAGUAUUACUGAAGAAGGAUAUAAAGCUCUGUCUUCAGCUCUGAAAUCAAAUCCUUCACACCUGAUAGAGCUGGAUCUCAGAGGAAAUGACCCUGGACAAUCAGGAGUGAAACUGCUCUAUGAUUUAAGUACGAAACAAAACUGUAAUCUGAGACUGAGGUUGUUACAAAGUUCCUCUGCAGAAGAGGCCUGUGAGUAUCUGACUUCAGUUCUACAUGGUGUAAAUCCUUUACUGCUGAGAGAACUGAAUCUGUGUGGACAUAAACUAGAAGACUCAAGAGUGAAGCAGAUCGCUGCUCUACUAGAAGAUAAUCACUGUAAACUCAACAAACUUCUGCUGAAUAAUAACUGCAUUUCAGUAGAUGGUUGUAAUACAGUCGUUUCAGCUUUAAAUUCAAAUCCUUCAAACCUGAAAGAGCUAAAUAUGAGUGGAAAUAAACUAGGAAACUCAGGAGUGAUGAAGAUUUCUACUCUAUUGAAAAAUACACAAGUCAGACUGGAGAAACUGGAAUUGUCAGACUGCAGUAUUACUGAAGGAGGAUAUAAAGCUCUUUCUUCAGCACUGAGAUCAAAUCCUUCAUACCUAAAAGAGCUGGAUCUCAGUGGAAAUGACCCUGGAGAAUCAGGAGUGGAACUGCUCUAUGAUUUACUACAGGAUAAACAAUGUCAAUUAAAUACUCUAAGGUUGUUAAAAAGUCCUUCUGCAGAAGAAGCCCAUCAGUAUUUGACUAAAACGUUUGGUAAAAAUCCUUUAAUCCUGAGAGAGUGGAAUCUGAACGGAUAUAAACUAGGAGAUUCAAAAGUGAAACAUCUGGCUGCUCUACUGGAAGAUAAACACUGUAAACUCAACAUACUUCAACUGAAUAAUAACUGUAUUACAGAAGAAAGUUGUGGUGCUCUAGUUUCUGCUUUUAAUUCAAAUCCUUCAAACCUGAAAGAGCUGGAUCUCAGUGGGAAUAUAAUAAGAAACUCAGGAAUGGAGAAGAUCUGCAGUCUGUUGAGAAAUCCACAAUUUAUACUGGAGAAACUAAAAUUGUCAGACUGCAGUAUUACUGAAGAAGGAUAUAAAGCUCUGGCUUCAGCUCUGAGAUCAAACCCUACACACCUGAUUGAGCUGGAGCUCAGAGGAAAUGACCCUGGAGAAUCAGGAGUGAAACUGCUCUAUGAUUUAUUACAGGAUGAAUACUGUAAAUUGAAGUUUAUCAGAUUUUUGAAGAGUUCUGCUGCAGAGGAAGCAUGUGAGCAUCUCAAGAAAGUUCUUGAUAGAAAUCCUUUACUGCUGAAAGAACUGAAUCUGAGUCAUAAUAAAAUAAAAGGCUUUGAUGAGUUGAAGUUAUUUGAUCUGCUGAAGGACUCUCAUAGCAAACUGGAGAAAAUUAUGUUGAGUUAUUGUGAUCUGACAGAGAAAAGUUGUUCAGCUCUAGCUAGUGUUCUCUCCUCUGAUACCAUUCUGAAAGAGAUUGAUCUGAACAACAGUCCUCUGAAGGACUCAGGAGUGAAACGUCUCUGUGAGGGACUGAAGAAGUCUCAGUGUAAACUGAACAGACUCAACCUUUCAAACUGCAGUAUUACUGAAGAAGGAUAUAAAGCUCUGUCUUCAGCUCUGAGAUUAAAUCCUUCACACCUUAUUGAGCUGGAUCUCAGAGGAAAUGACCCUGGACAAUCAGGAGUGGAACUGCUCUAUGAUUUAAUUGAGAAACCACACUGUAAUCUGAGACUGAGGUUGUUACAAAGUUCCUCUGCAGAAGAGGCCAAUAAGUAUCUGACUUCAGUUCUACAUGGUGUAAAUCCUUUACUGCUGAGAGAACUGAAUCUGAGUGAACAUAAACUAGAAGACUCAAAAGUGAAGCAGAUCGCUGCUCUACUAGAAGAUAAUCACUGUAAACUCAACAAACUUCAGCUGAAUAAUAACUGCAUUUCAGUAGAUGGUUGUAAUACAGUCCUUUCAGCUUUAAUUUCAAAUCCUUCAAACCUGAAAGAGCUAAAUAUGAGUGGAAAUAAACUAGGAAACUCAGGAGUGAUAAAGAUUUCUACUCUAUUGAAAAAUACACAAGUCAGACUGGAGAAACUGGAAUUGUCAGACUGCAGUAUUACUGAAGAAGGAUAUAAAGCUCUGUCUUCAGCUCUGAACUCAAAUCCUUCAUACCUUAUUGAGCUGGAUCUCAGUGGAAAUGACCCUGGAGAAUCAGGAGUGGAACUGCUCUAUGAUUUACUACAGGAUAAACAAUGUCAAUUAAAUACUCUAAGGUUGUUAAAAAGUCCUGCAGAAGAAGCCCAUCAGUAUUUGACUAAAGAGUUUGGUAAAAAUCCUUUACUCCUGAGAGGGUGGAAUCUGAGUAAACAUAAACUAGAAGACUCAAGAGUGAAGCAGAUCGCUGCUCUACUGGGGGAUAAACACUGUAAACUCAACAAACUUCUGUUAAGAAAGUGUGAUAUUACAGAUGAAGGUUGUUCUUCUUUGACUUCAGCUCUGUGUUCAAAUCCAUCACACCUGAGACAUCUGAACCUGAGUGGGAAUAAACUAGGAGACUCAGGAAUUGGACACCUGUGUGAUCUACUAAGAAAUUCUCAAUUCCAGCUGGAAAAUCUAGAGUUGUGUGAAUGCAGUAUUACAGAGAAACAGUGUGACAUCCUGACUUCAGCUCUGUGUUCAAAUCCAUCACACCUGAGAGAACUCAACCUCAGUGGAAAUAAACUAGAGAACACAGGAUUGAAUCACAUAUGUCAUCUACUGAACGAUUCAAACAGUAAACUGGAGAAACUGAUUCUAUAUAAAUGUGGAAUCACAGAUGUUGCUUCUUUGACUGAGGUGAAAACAGUGCGGUCUUUAAAGAAACUUGAUCUGAGAAAAAACAGAAUUACACAAUCAUCAGGGAAGAAGCUCCGUGAAGUGCUGAAAAACUCAGGCUGUGAACUGGAACUAGACAGCCAAGGUUGGAUUCAAACUGCAAGUGCUGUUGGAAGUGCUGCUGGAAGUGCUGUUGGAAGUGCUGCUGGAAGUGCUGUUGGAGCUGUUGGAAGUGCUGCUGGAAGUGCUGUUGGAGCUGUUGGAAGUGUUUUUGCGUCUGGUAUAAAAUUAUUAUCCGGGAGUAAAACUCAGGAUCGUGUGGAAUCAACAAGUCAGGAAGAGAACAACAAGUCACCAACACAUGAGGGAACCUCAAAAGGAGAUGUUAAAGAGGACUCUGAAAAAGACCCUGAACAGAGCGCAGAUGUUAAAGAGGACUCUGAAGAUGACCCUGGUCAGAGCACAGAUGUGUCCAAUCAAUCUGACGUAUGAAUCCUACAAUCAUAUAAUGUUGUUUGGAUUAAACCAAUCCAGAUAUGAAGCAAUUAAUUUUUUUCUAAUUAGUAGUCCAAUUGUACUUUUAUUGUAUAUAUUUGAAUUGUAUAUUGUUAUACAAGACAUUGUAUUUAUUUCUAAGACAUGUAGCAGACAUCUUUAUUAAUGCUUUAGAAAUUAAAUUAGAUCAUUACAUUAGGAAAAGCCCUAUUGUAUUACAAAACAUAUCAUAUUAUAGCUAUAGCAAAGUCCCUUUAAAGCUGAAGUGUGUAACUUACUCGUAUCCCAGCUGAAUAUGAUUUCUUAAAUAUUAGUGAGCCAUUCUAGAUUAAUUUUAAAUGUCCUAUAAAACUGUAAAUAUCGUGUCUGUGGUGCAAUGAUAUGUUGACAUUUGUUAAUAUGAAUAAAGUCCUUGUGA